GAAAUGUCAAACUGUAUACUUUACAUAUCUUAUAAUCUAUUUGCUUAGACCAAUAAUACUCUCUAUUAGGUAAACCAUUUCUUUCAUUGUUCAACAAUUAUGUAAAAGGCUUGUAUUGUAUGUAGUUCGUACAUACCUAAAGUGCUUACUGUCAUGUUCUUUUCUUAUUGUGUCGAAGUAACAAAAAGCAGUAAACCUUGAUUUAAUAUGACAUUUCACGGUUUGAAUUUCAACACACAGGUUGUUGAAGUGGAUAAUAAUGUGGAGGCUACGCUUACGAAUACUACUUGUUAUCCUCAGUUUUACGACCAUAGAAGCUGAAGAUCCUGAGUUGCCAUUAUGCCCAACUAACAUGCAGUAUUUCCCACAAAAUCUUCCCAUGCAUUGUCGCCUACCAGGAACAGUGCCUCCUUUUCCAUCACUAGGAUACCAGAAUCCUUUACCUGACAAACAACCCAUACCAAUGCCGGUUCCUCUCCCUGGAAUGCCUGGCCCAAUACCGGGGCCCAUGCCUGGACCAAUGCCCAUGCCAAUGGUACCCAUGCCUCCAUCACCAGCACAUAAGCUUCCUGUAAUCGUAAUGCCGUUCUAUUCACCCGACACAUCUGGCAAAAAACCACAUACGUCACAUCAAGAUAGACCGCCAAGGAAACGCAGACUACCUGUAAGAAAAAGGAAACCAAAAUACUAUAGUUCCGAUGAAGACAGCACCAAUACUGACUCGUCUACAGACACGGAUUAUUCUACUGAUACCUCUUCUGAACGUGGGUUUUGGAGAGGCCCAAGAACAGGCAGGCGGUCAAAUCGACAUCAUAAAUCCAAAAGAAAGAAACAUCAACAACAACAGAACAAAGAAAUCCUUACACCAAUUCUUCAGUACGUCACCAAAGAUGGAUACGUGAUAUUUGAAAAACAGAUAUCUAAAGGGGAGGCUAAAGAUUGGUUAGGGAGUAAAAGUGAACAUAAUAAUCUGAAAGAAGUGACUACAGUUAAGAAUGAAAAUGAUUUUGAAUAUGAACCUAGAGAACCAAGAUCGAAUGACAAAUUAAUGAAGAACUUAGACGAAAUAGAAGUUCAAACAGAGUUGAAUCCACAUCAAGUGCAUAAAAAGAAAAACUUAAAGCGAAAGCCAAAUAAAAAAACUACGUAAUUUCAUUUUAAGUUUAUAG